UCUUGGAGCGCGAGCAGGGCUGUGCUGUGAGAGGAGCCGGAGAGUUCUGGAAAGACGAGGACGAGGAGAGGGCGUCAUGAAGGCCAUGAUGGAAGAAAAACCCAAAAUGCAGCAAUCUGGCUCCCUUGAGCGUCGCUCACCGCAGGUCCAAACCGCCUCGGGGCUCGGUCGAAUGCUGAGGUACGGAGCCGCGGUUGUCGUCGUCGGCGCCGUGUUGAUGCUCUGCGCCUCCAUGGCCGCCCUGCUCCUGAGGAAAGAAAGCCAGCGGAACGUGUACAGCGCUCAUUACAGCAUGAACAUCAACGGGGAGGUGAGGGAAGGCUCGGUGGAAAUCGACUCCGACGACAACGUGGAGAGGUUCAAAACCGGGAGCGGGGACGAGGAGGCCGUGGAGAUCCGUGACUUUCAGAGUGGAAUAACUGCGAUCCGAUUCUUCGGGGGAGACAAGUGUUAUAUAAAAUCCCAGCUCAAAGGCAACCUUCCGCACAUGGCAGCCGACAACAAAGAGGCACUGAUGUCUGACCUGGCUGAUAAGGACAUGCCAGUGAGGUUUGAUGCCGAGUUCCUCAUCUGGGUUUCUUCAGAGCAGCCGCUGAAGGACACGGCUUUCUUGAACCACAAGAUUCUGGCGCUGUGCGGGGAGCUUCCUAUUUACUGGCUCCAACCUCUCAUUCCCAAAGAUGGGGAGAGGAGGAAGCGGCGGAGUAGGAGGGACGCUCGGCGGGCCAAGCGGCAGUCCCGGGUGGAGGUGUUGGAGGUGGCGGGAAAGGAAGACGUCGUCUCCAAGCUGGAGGAAGGAGCCGAGGAGGGGACUCAGACCGACGCGGGCUCGGGAUUCAACCCUGAGAAUCCCUAUCAUCGCGGCGGCGGUGCUGGCGCCGGUGAAGAGAACGCCAUGACCUUUGACUCCAUGCUGGACCACCAGGGGAUCUGCUGCUCCGAAUGCCAGCGCAGCUACACACACUGUCAGAGAAUAUGCGAGCCUCUGGGCGGCCAUUGGCCCUGGCCGUACAACUACAGAGGAUGCCAGGUGGCUUGCAGAGUCAUCAUGCCCUGUCGCUGGUGGGUCGCACGCAUUUUAGGUAUCGUGUAGGAGUGCAGUUUUUUUUUUUUGUCUACAGAAGACCUUAAACUUUUAGCUUGUGUGCAGCUAGACUUUUCUUAUGGAGUUGACUUAUUAAACUAGCAUGACAUGGAGAAGAAGUGGCUUGGUAGUUUUGUGAAUGCUGAGAGACAAAACUUAUUGUGGCGCCUCCUGUGGGCUGAGCAUAAAAGUGCUUUCAUAAAUUUAAUACAGAUUUUUAACCCAUGUGGCAUAAACUUUACGCACGUGUUUGGCGGUCCCCUAUAGGUAUUUGUACAAAAUUUUGCGAUCAAUUGGCUAACACUCUAAAGCAGUGGUUCUUAACCUUGUUGGAGGUACCGAACCGCACCAGUUUCAUAUGCGCAUUCACCGAACCCUUCUUCAGUGAAAAAUAAAAUGUAUUUUUUUGUUUCAAAUUCAAGACAGUUGUGUUUUUGGUAACGCUUUAGAAUGGGGAACAUAUUUCAAGUAACAAAGACUUAAUUUUGUCACGCCUCUGGAUCAUGUUUUGUUUGGUUUUGUUUGUUUCCAUGCCAACCUAUUAGUUUCCACCUGGUCCCCUUAAGUCGCCCCCCGAUCCUCAGUCUCUCGCACCUGUUUUCUAUUACCACAGCCAGUACUUAAGUCAUUUGCUUUCUGUUCAUCAUUCUUGGAACUUUGCUAUUUGCAUUCUGCUUCAUGCCUUCACCAUUACCUGCUACGCACCCUGCUAUCCAUGCCCCUUGUUUCGGUCACAGUAUGUUUUGUUUUAGUUGUUCAUAGUUCUGCCACAGUGCAAGUUUAAGUUUAUAGUUUAUCGUCUUUCAUGCCAUCGAGCAAGUGUUUUGUUUUACUGUUUGUAUUUUUGUAGCCAAGUUUUGUACCUCUUUGUGAGCGCCCUUAGUUAAAUUAUUUUUGUAUUUAGUAUUCAAAUAAACCAUGUACUUACACUCUCGUUUGGCUCGUGCAUCGAAGGAGUAAACCAAAUCCAAGUCCAAGCCUGAAAAAUUUUGAGUUAUUUGGACACUAGGUGAACAUUCUAAGUAAUAAAGAUUUAAUUUAGAGUUACAGCCAAAUAAGGCAUUAAUAAUGACUAGUUAAGAGCCAAUAUGUUACUAAUCUGCAUGUUAAUAAGCAACUAAUUAAUGGUGAAUAUGUUACCCUUACUAAAGUGUUACCAUGUUUUUGUUCUGGAGCACAAAAUGAACGGUGCAUGAAAAUCAUCUUGUUCAUACAGCAAAACCAACACAGUGCAUAAACUCACAACAAAUCACACACCUGCAAAUCAGUCAGGUGUUACCGUUUCCGUAAUACACCGAUACAGAGAAGUUUAUAUUUAUAGGAUGAGUCGGGUGUGUUUUGACUUCCACCGAACCCCUGAGGUCGACUCGCCGAACCCUUAGGGUUCGAUCGAACCCAGGUUAAGAACCACUGCUCUAAAGUUAUAGUAUUUGCAUUGUAGAAUGAAAACCGUAAGGGGGCCGUAGGUUUUGCAAAGUCAAGUUGUAUUGCUAUGUCGCUUGCUUAGAACGGCUUUUCCAAAGUCCUGACUUAAAGGUGUGGACAAUGCUGAAGAAACAAGUCCAUGUCUGAAAACCAACAAAUUUAGCUGAACUGCACCAAUUGUGUCAAGAGUAGUGGUCAAAAAUUCAACCAGAAGCUUGUGGAUGGCUACCAAAAGUGCCUUAUUGCAGUGAAACUUGCCAAGGGACAUGUAACCAAAUAUUAACAUUGCUGUAUGUAUACUUUUGACCCAGCAGAUUUGGUCCCAUUUUCAGUAGACCCAGAAUAAAUUCAUAAAAGAACUAAACUUCAAGAAUGUUUUCUGUGACCAACAAGUAUGUGCUCCAAUUACUUUGUCCUAAAAUGUGGCUUCAACUUUACGCGCAUGUGUUUGGCGGUCCCCUAAAAGUAUGAGUACCAAAUUUUGCGACAAUAUGGCUAACACCUUAAAGUUAUAGUAUUUGCUUUGUAGAACACAGUGAAAUAUGUGAGGCACCUUUUUUUAUAAAUGUUGCUCUGGAAACCGUAAGAAGUUAAGCACAUUUAACUCGUAUUGCUACGUUGCUUGCUUAGAAUGGCCUUCCCAAAGUUCUGACUUAAAGGUGUGGACAAUGCUGAAGAAACAAGUCCAUGUCAGAAAACCAACAAAUUUAGCUGAACUGCACCAAUUUUGUCAAGAGGAGUGGUCAAAAAUUCAACCAAAAGCUUGUGGAUGGCUACCAAAACCGCCUUAUUGGAGUGAAACUUGCCAAGGGACAUGUAACCAAAUAUUAACAUUGCUGUAUGUAUACUUUUGACCCUGCAGUUUUGGUCCCAUUUUCAGUAAACCAAUAAUAAAAUCAUAAAAGAACCAAACUUCAUAAAUGUUUUCUUGGUGACCAACAAGUAUGUGCUCCAAUUACUUUGUCCUAAAAUGUGGCUUCAACUUUACGCGCAUGUGUUUGGCGGUCCCCUAAAAGUAUGAGUACCAAAUUUUGCGACAAUAUCGCUAACACCUUAAAGUUAUAGUAUUUGCUUUGUAGAACACAGUGAAAUGUGUGAGGCACCUUUUUUUAUAAAUGUUGCUCUGGAAACCGUAAGAAGUUAAGCACAUUUAACUCGUAUUGCUACGUUGCUUGCUUGGAAUGGCCUUCCCAAAGUUCUGCCUUAAAGGUGUGGACAAUGCUGAAGAAACAAGUCCAUGUCAGAAAACCAACUAAAUCUAGCUGAACUGCACCAAUUUUGUCAAAAGGAGUGGUCAAAAAUCCAACCAGAAGCUUGUGGAUGGCUACCAAAAGCGCCUUAUUGCAAUGAAACUUGCCAAGGGACAUGUAACCAAAUAUUAACAUUGCUGUAUGUAUACUUUUGACCCAGCAGAUUUGGUCACAUUUUCAGUCGAACCCAUAAUAAAUUCAUAAAAUAACCAAACUUCAAGAAUGUUUUUUGUUACCAACAAGUAUGUGCUCCAUUUACUUUGCAACAAAACAUAAAUUUAAUACAGAUUUUCCACCCCUGGCGUUCCCCUAAAGGUAUGUGUAGCAAAUUGUGCGAUGACUUGUCUAACACCCUAAAGUUAUAGUAUUUGCUUUGUAGAGCGCAGUGAAAUGUGUGAGGUACCUUUUUUUAUAAAUGUUGCCCUGAAAACCGUAAGGGAACCAUCAGUUUGCAGAGGUGGGCAUUUUGGCACUUCAAUUAGCAUUAAAGUUAAGCUGUAUCCCUACCUUGCUUGGGCAUUAUUUUUACAAAGUAACCAAAACACAAUAAACAAGCAAAGAAAAUGAAAAAAAUAAUGCAGUUUUGACACUAUUUCUUUGGGAGAAAAUAGUGCAUAUACUUAAAUAGUAUGGUUGUAUAAAUACACUUGUAAAUCUGUCAUGGUUACGGCAUUCGAAGCAAUGCUAUAUCAGAAAUUAUCUAUAUG